AUGCGCACUCUUUCUACCAUCGCUCUCUCCCUUCUUGCCGUUCAGGCUGCUGAUGCCGCAUCGGCUGGAUGCGGCAAGGCUCCUCCAAGUUCAGGCGUCAAGACCGUCACAGUCAACGGAAGACAACGUCAAUACAUCCUGCAACUGCCCAACAACUAUGACCGCAAUAAGCCUCACCGCGUGGUCUUUGGUUUCCACUGGUUGGGCGGCUCCAUGAAUGACGUUGCCAACAACAACUUCUAUGACCUGCGGUCUCGUGGCGCCUCUAACACUAUUUUUGUUGCACCAAACGGCCUGGAUGCUGGCUGGGCCAACACUGGCGGCCAGGACAUUGCCUUUGUCGAUCAGAUCGUCGCCUCCCUCAAGAAUGACCUUUGCGUUGAUGAAGGACAGUUCUUUGCGACCGGUUUCAGCUAUGGUGGUGCCAUGAGCCACAGUGUGGCAUGCUCGCGGCCAAACGUCUUCAAGAGCGUGUCAGUCAUCGCGGGUGCUCUUCUCUCUGGUUGCGACGGAGGAAACACGCCGGUCGCGUACAUGGGCAUUCAUGGCGCGGCAGAUAACGUCCUCCCGAUUGCAAUGGGUCGUCAGCUGCGUGACAAGUGGCUCCAGACCAACGGCUGCCAGAACAAGAACGCUCCGGAGCCGUCUGCCGGCCAGCAAACUCACAUCAAGACCGUGUAUGAGUGCUCUCGUGCGCCAGUGGUUUGGAUUGCUACCGGCAACGGCCAUGUCGGUGAUCCUACUGGCACCGGUGGCGUCAAGUUUGCUCCUGGAGAGACCUGGGAUUUCUGGAACUCGGUCGCUGGUUUGCCGGGCGAGGGUGGUAGCAAUCCUAAUCCUACUCCGACUACGAUCGUCACGUCGGUUAUCCCUACUCCGACCAGUGUAAUUGUGCAGCCGACGCAGCCUCCUGCAAACUGCUCGCCUCGUUGGGGACAAUGUGGUGGUCAGGGCUGGCAGGGUCCGACAUGCUGCGAGGCCGGCACUACCUGCCAGUCCUUCAACCCCUGGUACUCGCAGUGCCUACUCGAGACAAUGCUCAAAGUGUUCAAGGCGACUGAGAUAAACUCGACAUAUGCUUCCACAAUGGGCUCCUCUCAAAGCGAGUAUAUUGGGCCCGCCAAGUUUGGGCGCGAGCUCAGGGAACAGCACUUCCUUUUUGAUCCCUCAUAUCGCAAUCUCAAUCAUGGUUCCUUUGGCACGAUCCCACGUGAGAUUCAGGCCAAGCUGCGCUCAUACCAGGAUGCUGCCGAAGCCAGGCCUGACCGCUUCAUCCGCUACGAUUAUCCCAAUCUACUGGACGAGUCCCGUGCAGCUGUUGCGAAACUCCUGGGGGUUCCAACCGAUACGGUUGUCCUUGUCUCCAAUGCGACGGUUGGCGUCAACACCGUUCUUCGGUCAUUGCCUUGGUCUCAGGACAAGACAGAUGAUAUUCUAUAUUUUGAAACCAUUUAUGGGGGCUGCGCCAAGACUGUCGAUUACGUUGUUGAGGACCGGCGCGGCCUCAUCACUUCUCGCUGCAUCCCCAUUCAGUAUCCGUGCAGCGAUGCUGUUCUGGUUGAGGCCUUUCGAUCUGCCGUAGCUGCGUCCCGGGCUGCGGGGAGAACUCCUCGAGUGUGUCUGAUGGACGUAGUCUCGUCCUUGCCUGGUGUUCGGGUGCCCUUUGAGCAACUCGUCGAAGCUUGCCGAGAGGAAGGGGUGCUCUCACUCGUCGAUGGCGCACAGGGGAUCGGCAUGGUUGAUCUGUCGCAUCUUGGAAAGGUUGACCCAGAUUUUUUCGUCAGCAACUGUCACAAGUGGCUACAUGUGCCCCGCGGUUGUGCCGUGUUUUAUGUGCCGCUGCGCAACCAACACUUGAUCCGCUCGUCUGUGCCAACAUCUCAUGGAUUCGUGCCCUUGCCGGUUCCUGGAGAGAAGCCCAGGUUCAACCCACUACCGCCGUCAAAGAAGUCUGCAUUUGUCAACAUGUUUGAGUUUAUUGGCACUCUGGACAAUUCGCCUUACCUAUGCAUAAAGGACUCGAUCCAAUGGCGCAAGGAGGUGCUUGGAGGAGAGGAGAGGAUCAUUCCCGCGUUGACAGAGCUCGCUCGGGCCGGAGGAAAGACGGUUGCUAAAAUUCUAGGCACCAAGGUGCUGGAUAAUGAGGAGCAGACCAUGACUCGUUGUGCUAUGGUGAAUGUGGCGUUGCCACUUGCAGUGCAACCGGCGGAAGGCAGAGAGCUGGACGCUGAUUUGUCUGGACUGCCACUGAUUCCCAAGGAAGACAUUGGUGUUGUGACCAACUGGAUGCUCGAAAAGCUCGUAUACGAGUACAACACAUUUGUGGCGCUUUUUGUUUAUUCUGGUCAAUGGUGGGCACGGUUGAGUGCGCAGGUGUACUUGGGUAUGGAGGACUUUGACUGGGUAGGCCGCACGUUGAGGGAAGUCUGUGAUCGAGUCGCUAAGGGCGAGUACAAAAAAAACGUAGACGAGGCUUUUGCGGCAAUGGUCGUCCUCAAAAUAUAUUGUGGGGCAGUCCCGGCUCGAGGAGGUUUCCCAGCUCUUGCGGUCCCUCCUCCCCCGGCCCCGGCUGACUUCGUCGACAAGGAGGAGCUUGAGCGCUUUGCCUAG